UCUUCCACAAUAUGUAGUCAAUGCUAGGUUAUUUCAUUGACGGGUUGUGGCUCUCAUCUCUUUCUGUCGCUCGGCCAGGACGUUGUGAGACAUUUAGCAGGUGUACAAUUCGAUUUUGUGGCAAUUGUGGAGCGCUGAUGCGAUAAUAGUUUUGAUAAAAUGAAACCUCUCAUGCUACAUGGGCAUGAACGUGCCAUUACUAAGAUCAAGUACAACAGGGAGGGUGACCUCUUGUUCUCUGCAAGUAAGGACAAGAAGCCUAAUGUCUGGUACUCCCUCAAUGGAGAACGCCUUGGAACGUUCAAUGGUCAUAACGGUUCCGUAUGGUGCAUUGACGUCAAUUGGGAUACUACUAGAUUCUUGUCUGGAAGCGGAGAUAAUACUUUAUGUGUAUGGGAUUGUCAGACUGGAAAAGUUGUUGGUCAAUUGGCAACAAAUAGUUCGGUGAGGACAUGUAGCUUUAGCUAUUCUGGGAAUCUUGCUGUCUAUUCGACUGAUAAAGCUUUAGGACACCAAUGUGAAAUGUUCAUUAUCGAUGCGCGAGACGUAGAUUCCACAUUAUCACAAGAGAAUGCUAUACGACGAAUACCUAUCAAUGGCCCCCGGAUCUCUGCUAUUUUUUGGGGUGCUCUUGAUGAAACCAUCGUCACAGGACAUGAAGAUGGUGAGAUUAAUCUGUGGGACAUGAGGACUGGAAAAAAACUUAACUCUGUGAGAAGUCACAAAAGUCAGAUCAACGAUAUGCAAACCAAUAAGGAUGGGACAAUGUUUGUGACUGCAUGUAAGGAUCAUACGGCCAAAUUGUUUGAUAGCGAAUCUCUGGUCUGCUUGAAAACUUAUAAAACUGAGAGACCGGUCAAUUCUGCAACCAUAUCGCCAAUUUUGGAUCAUGUGGUACUGGGUGGUGGCCAGGAUGCUAUGGACGUGACCACGACAUCGGCUCGUCAUGGAAAAUUUGACUCACGGUUUUUCCAUUUGGUAUUUGAGGAAGAAUUUGCUCGACUCAAAGGUCAUUUUGGUCCUAUCAAUUCUUUAGCCUUUCAUCCUAAUGGACGAAGUUAUUCUACAGGCGGAGAAGAUGGAUAUAUUCGUAUCAAUACGUUCGAUCAAUCUUACUUUGAUUUUCAUUUUGAAUAUUAAUCAAUAAUUGUACUACUACUGUACCAAUAUAUAUCGAAUCUAAAAAUUUUA